UCUCUCCUGCAGGACCUUACCUAUUCCUCGCUCCAGCGCUGCAGUCUUCCCGCGGCGGCUUCUGUGACAGCCGGGUGCCCACUGUCCGCAGUCUCUGGUAAUCUCCUUUACUGUCUGCAGUCUCUGGUCAUCUGUACUGUGUCCGCAGUCUCUGGUCAUUCCCUGUACUGUGUCCACAGUCUCUGGUCAUCCCCUGUACUGUGUCCACAGUCUCUGGUCAUCCCCUGUACUGUGUCCGCAGUCUCUGGUCAUCCCCUGUACUGUCCGCAGUCUCUGGUCAUCUCCUGUACUAUGUCCGCAGUCUCUGGUCAUCACCUGUACUAUGUCUGCAGUCUCUGGUCAUCCCCUGUACUAUGUAUGCAGUCUCUGGUCAUCUCCUGUACUAUGUCUGCAGUCUCUGGUCAUCUCUUGUACAUGUCCGCAGUCUCUGGUCAUCAC